AUGGUAGAAGUAAUUGAUAAACUACAAGUAAAUCAGUGGCAAAUACGCGAGACGAAUAUACGCCUUAUCGUUGGUUUUGCUGUCAUGUUUAUCUAUUUGUUGAUUGGCGCCAUUGUAUUCGUACAAAUUGAAGGACCAAGUGAGGACCAAGAUAUGAUGACAUAUAAAGAAUUUCGAAAUCACUGGAAUACUGUUCUUAUGGAAGCAGGCUUUCAGGAAACUGAUGUUGAUCAAUUAUUUGCUGACAUUAGAGAAAUGGCACUAAAGGGAAUAUGGGCGGAAAAAAAUAUUACCUCAGAACCGAACUGGAGCUUUGGUCAAGCAUUCUUUUUCACUGGAGCUCUUAUCAGUACAGUAGGCUAUGGUAGAGUUUUGCCAAGAACACGCGAAGGAAAAUUUUUCACUAUUGUCUACUGCAUCAUAGGCAUACCAAUGACUUUAGCUCUAUUAUCAUCACUAGUGGUUCGUUUGAAACAACCAAGUAUAUGGCUACGUGGCAAACUAAAUGCUCGUUUUGGGCAUGUUUUCCAUUCAUUUCAGCUGCAGGUAUAUUUUCUCCGAAAUUCGCCGUUAUCAAGGUUUUGA